AUGGACCUUCCUCUAUUUUUAGCAAUAUGCCGAGAAUGUAGAGGAAAGCAUGACGAAAAAAUGAGUCAAGAAGGUGAAUGGGUCAGAUUGAAGGCUGAUACCAAAUCUGUCAAUGAUAUUACGGACAAGUAAGUGCUAUUUUCUGUUCAUGUACCAACAUGAAUUUCAUAUUGCAAACAUACAGUAUAGAUGGUGACGAUAUAUGUAUGCAUCCUAUUUUACAGUGGCGCGGUUGCAGCCCCCCCCCCCCAUUGUUGAAACCUGACGGAAUAUUGGUAAUAUUGUCGGAAUCUUCGUGGUCAAGCAUACCUGCAUAUACGCAGGCCCACCGAAUGCUACUUCGGAAAAAGUGCUACGAAAGCAAUUAUAACAUUCUUAUCUGGAAACAUUUUUGACCAAAAAAGUUGUCGGCAGCUGGAGGGGGGGGGGGGGUAGUUUGUCGGGAAAAUACUGCCCUUGGCCCCCAAAAAAACACAGGACCCUUGACGCCCAUGCUAUUUUACCUUUUUCAACUGUGUUUAAAAAACACCACAGAAAUCUAAGAUGACAUUUUGAUCCUUUCACGUUUUUAUCAACAGAUUGAAAAUGACAUCACUAUCGCCAUGUCUUACUGGAACAAUCUCUCCCUCUACUUCAUUGGCUAGUCCAGAUGCGACUGACAUGUGGACACCUAGCAAUGCCACUUUAAUAAACUACUCCUCUUCAAGUUGUGAAAACCAAUCUACUUCCACAACUGAUGUCUACAACGAAUCUAUGUCUCAUCUGGCAAGUUUAAUGUCUUUCAAAGAAAUUUCACCAUUGUCAUUUCGACUAACUAGCAGUUGGGAUGAAACUACACAAAGUGAGAAAGAAGCGUGCAUUGAAAAGGCUAGCGAAGCAUGCCAAGUAAUAUGCGAAGUGAUUGCUCCAAAUGCUGGCGAAGAGCUUUUUGAAGCUAUGAAUUUUACAAGUUCUAUUCAUGUCUCUGAAGAACUUGCAGCUCUUAUGACUGCAUACAAGAAUGCUACAACACAAAAGCUAAAAUUGGAAAUAAUUAUCCUGCGAAAACCAAAUCAAUCACUGUAG